GUGGGAACAAUGAGUUUUUAAUGAUGGUUCAUGGAUUGGGAGAGGAUAGUCUCACAAGAAUAAUGUAUCCAGUCAACCACAUGGCGUGCAUCGUAAGUUUCUUGGUAUGUCCAGAGGUGGUAGUCGUGAUCCAUGAGAGGGAGAGUACGAUGGCUGGUGAGUACGAGACUAUGGGCCGGGAGAUGAUAUUAGACUCGGAUAUCCUUUCAGAUAGAAUGAAGACACGUACGAAGGAAGAUGAAAGAAAUGAGGAGUCCGACGCGAGUGUUAGGGAGGGAGAUCAAAAGAAUUAUGGCGAUAAUGGAAGGGAUAUAAGAGAUGACGGAAAUCCAUCCACGCGCAUUCUGAUAAUAUAUUCGAUCAGAUUAAGAGAAAAGAGGAGAAGCGGAGAUAAAAAAAAUAGCGUUACUUACAGGGAACUUGUGCAACAUGUACAUGCCGAACGUGACGAAAAUAAUCUGAUGACAACCCGUUGGGAUAUUGAGAAGAGUCGUCUGCAAUACGCUGAAUCCAAAGUCCUUGAUGAUCAACGAGUAUUGCACGCUGAUCCCGCCGACAAAGUUGCCGAGAAUCGCAUAGAGCAUGAAAAUCCACGCUUUAGGAUCCUUGAGGGCUUCCAUGAAUCUAUGAAUACAAUUAGUGAAGGG